AUGAACAUUCAACAGAUUAGUUCUGAUGACUCUUUAAAGGAGGUGAUGAAACAGCUCUCUAGUGACUCAAAUAAGCUUGUACUUCUCGACUUUUUUGCUUCUUGGUGUGGACCCUGCACGGCUAUUGAGCCUGAAGUUAAAAAUCUAUGCUCACGCUUUCCUUCUGUAACCUUUCUUAAGGUAGACGUAGAUCAGUGUUCGGAUGCGGUGUCGAGCUUUGGUAUUGUCCAAAUUCCCACAUUUGUUAUUCUACGCGGGGGGCAAACCAUAGAGACUAUAAAGAAACCAGACGUUAGUCUGUUGCGUCAAAAGCUAACAGAGCUCACCCAAGGCACCACAGAUCCGUCGGCCGCUUCAUCAUCUCACGCAGGCUCUAUUCCCCCACCAGUUGCCCCCGUGCCAGGUUUCAUGGAUCUCGUAUCGUUGUUAGAUAAGACACGAUGUGAAUGUCUGAAUUGCCACAGUGACCAUGGGCUCGAUUGCGCCUUGGAGAAGGAUAUGAGCUACCUUAUUUCGGACACUGAUGAGCAGCUCAUAAUUUUCCUAUCGUUCUCACAAGCGAUCAAGCUUCAUUCUUUGCGAAUCACCGCCCCCGAAGAUUCCGGCCCCAAAAAUAUCAAAAUUUUCACCAACCAAACUACAACUCCGGAUUUCGAUGCGUGUGAAACCGCUGUCCCAGUUCAAGCCUUCACCCUAACGCCUGAGGAUCUUAAGGCAAAGUCUCUUAUUCAGCUGAAGUCCACCGGUCAAGUGCUCAUUUACUUCAAGGAAUUUUACUAUUCGAUUGCUUCCAUCCCCCUGCAGAUAUUUGUUCAGGAUAACCAACAAGAUGUUGGGCAAACGCGUAUCACAAAUCUCAUCCUCUACGGCUGUCCGGUGCAGAACGUUACAAAUAUGAACGAAUUCAAGAGGGUAAGGAAUCGCUUACAAUCCGUUCAAGGUUGCUUUGAUGUGAAACGGUGGCUGGAAAGAAAGGGGAAGUGCACGGAUGAGGGCAUCGCGAGGUUUCUAUCCUCCGUUCAAACCAAACUUACCUCCGAACUCGUGAUUGUCGGUAUCCGAUGUCGCUACCUACAAGAGCUAGACUUCAUUGUUGAUCUAAGCUGUAUAUCCGUCCCCAUCAUCUUUGCUGCGGUAGACGAUGACGGCGAUGUUACUGCUGCUGCCGCUGUCGUCCUUAGUUUAAGCAUCCAGGGUCACUGUAGUUGUAACGUGGAAAGGAAACCGUGA